GCAACCAUGGCCAGACGAGGAGCAUCACUGGCCUACUGCGCGUGCGCACUCGCCUUCUUCGCAGCGUUCGCCACCACUGCAAGUGCCCUGUGGUGUGAGACGCCUUGCGUGAAGGUGGCGGAUUGCGGCUGGCUUGCCGCGCUGCUACGUCAGGAGCCACGGCCUCCCGGCGUCGAAGAGGCGAUGCGCCGCCGCGUCUGUGGUUGGCAGGGCCGCUUCGUGCUCGUCUGCUGCGGGUCGCCGCCGGACCAGCCACAACCACAACCACAAGCACCGCCGGAGCCGCAACCACUGCCGGAGCCGCAGCCGCAGGGGCCCGCCUGGCCACAGAACCCGCUGCAGCACCCCAACAUACGGCUCCUGCCCAUGGACACCUGCGGACAGGACGACUCGGACCGCAUCACCCGCGGCAACGUGACUGCCGUCAACCAGUACCCAUGGAUGGCUCUGCUUGGCUACUCGAACGGCGGACCGGUGUCGUUCCUAUGUGGUGGGUCGCUCAUCACCAGCCGCUACGUACUGACCGCAUCGCACUGCGUCAACGGCAGGAAGCUCGGCUCCUACAGGGUGGUGAGCGUGCGCCUGGGCGAGUGGGACCAGCGCACGGACGUGGACUGUGACGGCGAGAUCUGCGCACCGCCGCCCGAGGACUACAGCAUCGAGGAUGCGACGCCGCACCCACAGUACAGGCCGCAGGCCAGCGCCAACGUCGCCAAUGACAUCGCGCUCCUCAGACUCGACCGUGACGCACCCGAUAACUCUUUCAUCAGACCAAUCUGCUUGCCGGUUACACCUGAGAUGAGACAAGCGACGUUCAUCGGGAAGAACCUUGUUGUGGCUGGAUGGGGUACAACCGAAUACGGUGACUCCAGCCCAGUGAAGCUGUACGUGGGUGUGCCGGUGGUGGACGAGCAGACGUGCCAGCAGCGGUACUCGCGCUGGAACCGGCUCAUCGUGCCGUCGCAGAUGUGCGCCGGCGGCAGGGAGGGCAAGGACUCGUGCUCCGGCGACAGCGGCGGCCCGCUCAUGGCCAUCGAGGGCCGGCCGCCCAGGGCUGUCCUCGUCGGCGUCGUCUCGUUCGGCCCCCGCGAGUGCGGCAUGGAGGGCUACCCCGGAGUCUACACCCGCGUCUCCUCCUUCCUCACCUGGAUACUCAACACCAUUCGGCCUUAAUGUCAUGUACACAUCCUACACCGCAUCGCACUGUAUCACUAUCACCUGUCCAUUAUUCGACUGCGUGCCUGCAGGUGAAGUACAUGAAAUCCCAGAUACUACUAUGCACAUUAAUACGACGACUAUCAGCGAUAUUACACCUUAUGUUAUGUUAACUCAGAGGCAGGAUCUGUUCUCAUGCCAUUCCGCCCAAUCAUUUUUAAGAUACUGUAAUUUCACUACUAACUUUUCCCAAGUCAGUAUCUUUUUUGUUUAAAAGACACAAAAUUGACAACUAAUUAUCAUUAAUGGAGAAAAUGAAAUUCAUUAGUGUUGCGUGAUCUACAUGCAUGGAAUGGACUGAGGAACUGAUUAUGGCGAGUAGUAGAUCCAGUAAUUUUUAAUAAAAUCGAUUCUGUGAAUAAUAGAAUGUGCUAAAGCAAUAUGGAUGCCAACUGAAAAUCGCCAGAACUAGAAAGGGUUAUUCUUGAAAAGCAUGUGAUUCAUUUCAAAUUAUGUGAAACUGUAUUACUGAUAACAACUGGUGUAUCAUCUGACACAAUAUACCAUUCUACUUGGUAACAAAAUAAGUUACCCUCCAUUCCCAUACCUUUCAUGGCCUACUUUCAACGAUUAAACUUGAAACCUCCUCAUAGAAAAAUUUAUGAAUUUCUUUGCUGGUAAACCCCCUACGUUAUUUGAUUUUCAAACAGUUGAGCAAAACUGAAUGUAUUCAAACAUUUCUCUCUUUACUUAUUCUGAUCAUCACUAUACUGACACACAAUAUUUUUAGUGCAACGCAAUCUGACUUUCAGUAAUCCCUAAAAGAAUGGCCGUGACUAACAUUAACCUAUACCUUUCAUGAAUCACUUACCUCACAAAAAUCUUCGUUACUCGAACUGCUGCAAUACAGCUGCCAGCUGCUGCCAGCUAGAUAAAGGAUUCUAAUUACUGAAGGCACUAACUACUGAUAGGCAUGGUUAGCAAAUGAAAGAUUUUGAUAGAGAACAAACAAUGUAUUUACCUUAACAGUGUUCAGAAGUCAUAAUAUAUAUAUCAGUUCAUCACAUCCAGUCUUACAAAUUUUGUUUUUCUGAUGGUCACACGUCCAGAUCGUCCGCUCUCAAAACUCUUCCAUCUCUCUCCCCACAUCCACCACUGCUGCCGGCUCACUUCCAACUGUGCAACGCUACGCGCUGUUCACAUCCAACUGCCCAACACUACAAUAGCGAAUAUUCCAACAAUGCCAACCAGCCACAGACUGCACACAGCACAGCCAGUGAUUUUAAUACAGAGCGCUACGUGACGUUACCAACAUAAAAACCUAAAUAGCCUACUUACAAACUUCAUCGACAUAUUCUCACUCAGAUUAAUUAUUUACCAGAAACAGGAUUGCUUCGAUCAUAUUCUUGUUGCUUGUUAUCCCAGAGAAGACAAUUAUUUGGAACACUUAAUAUAUUUAUGCAUUUUUAUGUAUUUUUUUAUUUAUUUUAUUUUUACAAUUCCACAACAUAAAUUCUGUUCUCGUUUUCUAUGAUAAUGUUUGGUAGUUGCAGAUAUGGACGUUUUCAAACACAGAAAGUGAUCUCAAACAGUGAAACCAUGCUGUAUAGUAAGACAAU